AUGAAUACCACUAUAGAAGAAUUCGGAACACUUAUCAAUGAAUUUUCUGGAUCUUCUGAACACUCAGCAGAUGCCAGAAUAGCCCUUGAAAAUAUGUUAAGUUCAAAGCCAGAACUCAUUAAUUUAUGCUUAAAUUAUCUAAAUUCUUCCGGACUGACAGAGACAAAUAUAACAAGCGCAAUCACAGUUCUCAUUAGAGCAAUAACACCAUUCUCUAUGCAAGACUUAAAUGAACUUAGAAACAUUUUAAACGCUAACGAAGAAUUUACACAAUUUAUGGUAGCAAUUGCAGACAAAUUAAUGCACACCGAAGAAAGCUCUUCAUUCCAGCACAAUGGUGCUGCCUUAUUUGCUCGUGUUUUUGGCUUAGAACCAGAUUUAUUAAUUGGAAAUCUCGAAGAAAUCUGCGCUGAUCUUGGAAACGUCUCAUUUUCUAUUAACAUGACCUACAUUACUGUUCUUGAUGAAUUAUUUGCGUUAAGAAACAUCCAGGAGUUUUUUGAAAAAGAUAAUCAACCUGUUAUCCAUAUUUUCCAGCAUCUUGCAUCCAAAGUUGUCGAUGUUGCCUCUUCUCCAUCAGAUUGUGAGAUUGAACUCAGAUAUUACGCAAUAAAGACAUUAAACAACCUCCUUUACACCUGCAGAAACAAAAAGGUUCAAACACACUUCCUCGGCAUCUUCGAAAUCUUAAUGACUCCAGAAAGAAUCGAGUUUCUCUUCUCAAUCCAAGAAGCCCAACUUUAUACAGCAAUUAUGGAACUUAUGACCACAAUUGUGAAAGCAUAUUACCAUACAAACAAUAAAAUCCUCAACAGCGUUGCUGAUAAAGCAAUCGGAAGGCUUCAAUUUUUCAUGAAUCCAUUUAUCGCGGAACCACUUCUUAUUACGCUUACUUUCUGGCGCGAAGUCAUCAACUUCGAGUUCAGGACCCUUUUCAAGUACAUUACAGAGUAUAUUCCCGAUCACGCGGUCGAAAUGACCAGAAAACAAGAGGGCAGCCACUUUUACUUCGAACCACACCUAGAAAUUCUUACAGAGCUUUUCAUACAGAUCAUGGUCAAUUUGGACGUAAACGACCAAGAUAUCGAAGAUCCGAUCCAAAAUGCUCCAUCCAUGAUAGCUUGUGUCAAUUUGAGUGGUAUGUUCGCUUUAAUACCAGAUUACCUAUUCGAAAGAUUGAAAGAAAUGUGCGAUUCCAUGAUUAAACACGCAGAUGAAGAUUGGCGCAAUAUCCAUACAGCGUUACUCAUUAUUUAUGUCCUUACAUCAAAGAUAGCCGAUCCGAAAGAGCACAAUUGCGAUAUUGUCACUUCAAAUCGAACUUACCAAGCAAUUGAGACUUAUAUCACUACAAAGUUCGAAUUUAUGACAGGAUCUGCUGUAACAACAAACCAGAGAGUCAGAGAAACAGCUCUGUACGCAAUUUCCGUUGCUUUGUCAAGAUAUCCGAAUAUUAUGAAAUCUUUUGCGGAACCAUUGUUCGUCAUCAACCAAAUUGUUGGCGCCUUUGGCCCUGACAAUGGAACACUCGAUCCGUCCACAGAUCCAAGAAUUAUCCUCAGAUGUUUGGCAAUUAUCCAAAAUAUUGCCGCCUGCUUCUCCACGAUGACUUACAACCAUCCAUUCAUGGAGCAGACAAAUCUCCUCGACCAAAUGAUCGAUCGCGUUAAAGCUAUUCUCGAAUUACCUCAAAUGAAAGAUGGAAACAACGUAACUCAAAUCAAACACGCGUACGAAGCCAUAAAUACACUUAUACUCCAUGCUCCAAGACAGGAAGAGCAUUUCAAGUCCUUGUUGUUCAAGUUUUGGGAAGAAGCUCCAAAUAACUUCUUCGAUCAGUCAUUAAAUCCUUUGGUAAUGCAUAUGAGAGUUGCCGGUAUCAUUUCCAACAUCACUUGUUUGAUUACUCGUCUUCCAAACGAUAUUGAUUAUACUCCUAUAGUUAAUGGCAUCAUUGAGAUGAUAGAUACACAGCUUGCACCUAUUAUCGAAGAAUGCUUGCUUACUUUGACCUCAAUUUUGGUCAGAUUAGAUCCAAAUUCUGAUCUUUUCGUUUCAAGUAUCCAAACAAUCAUAGAAAAGAUCCACGCGGCCUUGGAUCUCAAGGAGACCAACUCUAUUAACUCUGCUUGCACUCUUAUCAAUACUUUGUGGCAAAAAGUCGGACCACUCCUCGACGAAUUUUUCAAAGGAAUGGUCGACCACUUAUUUGCCCUUAUUUUCGAUGAAUCGAUGCUUCCUGAGACAACUCCUCCACUUUUGAUCGCAUUAUCCAACGUUUUGAUGGGAAUGGUACCUGCUGAUCACAAGGAAAAUCCAUUUGUGGAAACUAUCCUUAAUGAUGAAGAACUUCUCGGAAAAUUCAGAUCAAUUAUGACAAAUUACAGAGAUAACACUCAAUUAAGCUCUGUUGACAAAUCUAGCAUUGAUCAGGCCUCAGCAGUAAUGACUAGUAUCUGUGUGGCCUUCAGAGCUUACGCCAAACUUUGGUAUAGAAAGGAAGCUCUUAAUUUCGAAUAUCAAAACGAAAAAGGAUCACUUAUGGAACUUUCUAAGGUAUCAUCAAUCAUUGAUAAGCUUGGAUACUUAAGGAAAGAAACUUAUGACGCUGCUUUAGAUAUGUAUAUGGAAUUUUCUUAUUCAUGCACAAGAAAGAACAAUACGGUACUAAAUAGAAGAGUGAACUACAAUGUCAUUGAAAAGGCAAUGAAGUAUAAGUCAUUAUAUGAUAAGGCAAAGAAUACAAAGAAGAAAUUAGGAAAUACUUAA